AUGGCGACGUACGUGGUCGCAACUGCUCCAACGAAAAGCGCUACUAAGUUUGUUUCAACGUCAAUGGUGCGACAUUACAUGACGCAGAUGGUGUGUUUUUUAGUUCCCCAUCGCUUUUCUCAUCGGAGCAGCUUGUAUGAGCAUGUUUGUGAAGGAUAUAGUGACAAGCCGCAGCUGGACAUGAGAGCAGUAUGUGAGGAGACCGACAAAGUCGUCGCGAAUGUGGAGAGCAGAAAGGGCGAGCUGCGGGGGGAAGAUGUCAAGGAAAUUGUGAGUGUAUGGCAGCAACUCCAGGCUGUACGAAGGGAAAUCUCUGAGCUGGAACAACAGAAACAGCAUGUCAGUGGAACAGUCAGAGCUUUAGUGGCAAAACACAGAAAGCAAGCUCUCGCUAAUCUUCCAGAGUACAAUCAGGCACUGCAGAAAGGUCGGGAGGUCCGUAAAAGACUCAACAACCUCUACCCUAGAGAGUCGCAGUUGGAUCAAGAACACUUCAGCCGGGCACUCAGGCUCCCCAACACCACACAUCCUGAUGUUCCUAUUGGAGAUGAGAGCCAAGCCAGGGUAGUGGAGCUGGUUGGCCAAAAACGUGAAUUUGACUUUAAACCCAGAGGCCAUGUCGAACUGGGGGAGCUGUUGGGUGGUCUCAUCAGGCAGAGGCAUCUUGCUCAUGUUUCAGGUCACAGAUCUUACUAUCUGAGGGGCGCAGGUGCCAAACUUCAGACUGCUCUCCAAAACUUUGCGCUCGACACUCUGCAACGCCGUGGUUUCAUUCCAAUGGUUGUACCUGACAUGCUGAAGGGUGCAGUGUUUGAGGGAUGUGGCAUGCAGCCCAACGCCCAUCGUUCUCAGGUGUACUCCCUUGACCCGACUCGUUUCCCAGACUUGAACCUGGCUGGGACUGGAGAAGUUGGAGUGGCAGGUUAUUUCAUGGAUCAUGCGGUUAAUUUUAAGGAUCUACCUGUCAGGACAAUGUGCAGCAGUACAUGUUAUAGAGCAGAAACAGACACAGGAAGAGAGACCUGGGGCCUUUAUAGAGUUCAUCACUUCAAUAAGGUGGAGAUGUUUGGGGUGACGGCAAACGAGACAGGAGAGGAGAGUGCUCAGCUCCUAGAGGAGUUUGUCUCAUUGCAAAAAGAGAUAUUUUCUGCACUGGAGCUACAUUACAGAGUAUUAGACAUGCCAACACAGGAGUUAGGUCUUCCAGCAUAUAGAAAGUAUGAUAUAGAAGCCUGGAUGCCUGGGAGAAACAGUUAUGGAGAGAUUUCUAGUGGUUCAAACUGUACGGACUACCAGAGCCGACGCCUCAAUAUACUGUAUGAGAGAGAGGAUGGCAGCCUGCACUACGCCCACACAGUGAAUGCUACAGCGUGCGCCAUCCCCAGAACAAUCAUUGCUAUCAUGGAGACUCACCAAACUAAGGAAGGAUCAGUGCGUGUCCCCAGAGCUUUGCAACCAUAUAUGCGUCUUGAUGUGAUUGAGAGGCCAAAGUGGACCCCUCCUAAAUACAUUGGUCCUAACCAACCCAGCCGCCAACCCAGGCCUACUCCCACGAUUACGUGA